CAGGCUUAGUCAAGGAAAGCACGCGCCGCCGCAGUAGUGAGGGUCGAAUCUCUGGGAAAGAAGCUGCUGUCGGGAUCACAGGGGCCGGGGGGGCUGCUGGUUGGCGCUUGAACCUGGGCCUCGGCGGCACGUGCUUGAUAUGGAACUGGAGGAGUCGGGGAUCCGAGAGGAAUGUGGCGUGUUCGGGUGCAUCGCUUCGGGAGAGUGGCCCUCACAGCUAGAUGUGCCGCAUGUGAUCACCCUGGGACUCGUGGGGCUGCAGCACCGGGGUCAGGAGAGUGCUGGUAUUGUGACCAGUGAUGGGAGUACAGUGCCAACAUUCAAAACACACAAGGGUAUGGGUCUUGUAAAUCAUGUCUUUAAUGAAGAUAAUUUAAAGAAAUUAUAUAUUUCAAAUCUUGGUAUUGGACAUACAAGGUAUGCUACUACCGGAAAAUGUGAAUUAGAAAAUUGUCAGCCCUUUGUUGUUGAAACGCUUCAUGGGAAAAUAGCAGUGGCACAUAAUGGCGAAUUGGUAAAUGCUGCCCGAUUAAGGAAAAAGAUUCUGCGUCAUGGUGUUGGUCUGUCAACAAGUUCUGAUAGUGAAAUGAUUACCCAAUUAUUGGCAUAUACCCCUCCUCAGGAACGAGAUGACACCCCAGACUGGGUAGCUAGGAUUAAAAACUUAAUGAAGGAGGCACCUACAGCAUACUCCCUGCUUAUUAUGCACAGAGAUGUUAUUUAUGCAGUCCGAGAUCCUUAUGGAAAUCGCCCUCUAUGCAUUGGUCGUCUUAUUCCUGUAUCUGAUAUAAAUGGAAAAGGGAAAAAGCUCUCAGAAACGGAAGGAUGGGUGGUAUCUUCAGAAUCUUGUAGCUUUUUAUCUAUUGGUGCAUUAUAUUUCCGUGAAGUCUUGCCUGGAGAAAUUGUGAAAAUAUCCAGACAUAGUGUCCAAACUCUUGAUACUGUAUCAAGGUCUGAAGGAAAUCCAAUGGCUUUUUGUAUAUUUGAAUAUGUUUAUUUUGCAAGACCAGAUAGUAUAUUUGAAGACCAAAUGGUUUACACGGUAAGAUACCGUUGUGGUCAGCAGUUAGCAAUUGAAGCACCUGUGGAUGCAGAUUUGGUCAGCACUGUUCCUGAAUCUGCUACACCUGCUGCCCUUGGUUAUGCAGCAAAGUGUGGACUUCCAUAUGUGGAAGUGUUGUGUAAAAACCGCUAUGUAGGAAGAACCUUCAUUCAGCCAAAUAUGCGGUUAAGACAGCUUGGUGUUGCAAAAAAAUUUGGAGUAUUGUCAGACAACUUUAUAGGCAAAAGAAUUGUUCUUGUAGACGAUUCUAUCGUGAGAGGCAAUACCAUCUCUCCCAUAAUAAAAUUGCUCAAAGAAUCUGGUGCAAAAGAGGUACACAUUCGAGUUGCCUCACCACCAAUUAGAUAUCCAUGUUUCAUGGGAAUAAAUAUUCCCACAAAAGAAGAGCUUAUUGCCAAUAAGCCAGAAUUUGAACAUCUUGCAGAAUAUUUAGGAGCAAACAGUGUUGUAUAUCUAUCAGUAGAAGGACUGGUUUCAUCUGUACGAGAAAGAGCAAAAUUUAAAAAACAGAAAGUGGAAAAGCAAGGAAUUAUGAUUCAAGAAAAUGGGAAUGGUCUGAAAUGUUUUGAAAAGAGCAGUCAUUGUACCGCUUGUCUCACUGGAGAAUACCCUGUGGAAUUGGAUUGGUAGCUGAUGGGGACAAAUUAGUCAUUUCAAGAUAUAAAGUUGGUCAAGAAAUUAUAGUGAUUAAGCCUUAUUAUCCAGUUAUUGUUACUCAGUUGGUACAAUGUAAAAUGCCACAUGCUUAUGUUUACCUUUGUGAGUUUUGGGGUUUUUCUGAAAAGGCUACCAAAGUGCUAUGCUUUCUUUAAUAAUCCUAGAUAAAUAUUUUGGUGUUAUCUAGGAAUUCUGUGUGCUCCUUUCAGUUUUAUUUAGUAGUUUAAUAAAACUUUGAAGUUACCAAUUAUGAGAUAUCAUAUACACUUAAUUUCAGAUAUUCAACAGUAAUGCAAAGAAGAGGUAAAUUUCUGUAUUAGAAUUGCCAGGUACUGUAUCUUCCUAAGAAUUCUUAGAGAAUUUUGGAAAUGUUUUUUGAGAAUUGUUGAAAUUCAGUUAUGGAACAUUUUCAUAAUUGAACCUUGCUAAUGGUGUAUAGUACAGCAAUAUGUGGCUUUUUUGUUUGUUUUUUACACAAGUGUUAACUAGCCUUUAUCAUCUGGUCAGAAGACAGAUGGUAAGUGGUGUUUGUCAAGUUCAUAGUGUAAAGGGUUUGCAGAGGUUAGAUGUAGGUAGGAUGUGUGACGCAGAUAGGUGAGUAAAUGCAAAAUUUCAUGCAGUUUGAAUCCAUUAUAAGUGUCUAGUGUCUCUUUCUCAUUUUGGUUGUGACCUUGGCUUCCCUGUCUAACUUAGACAAAUCUUUUUUUUUUUUUUUAACUCACAGAUGAUACUUGUUCCUCAGUUUCUCCAACUGUGAAUGGGGUGCUUAUCUUAUUAAACUAAAUAGGAGUGUGAAUAAGUGUCACACUUUUGGUGGUAAGAGCCAUCAUUUCACCCCUAAAUUUUAUUAGUAGCUUUUGAAAUGUUGGCUGUUACUCUGCAAUUGAGAUUUCAUUAUGAUGUGAUGAGACACAAUUUGGUAGUGCUUUGCAACUCUCAUUGAGAUGCCCUGAGAAUGGUUGUGAAAAAUGUGUCUGCUGGAAAAAUAUAUUUCCUACAUUUGACUAGAAAGUGUGAUCCAUAAUACUUAGUGCCCUACUAGCAUAAACCCAGCAGGUAAACAUAAUACAUUUGAAAUUCAGAAAAACAUUUUUUAUACUCAGCAAAUCUUUAAUUUGUUUAAUUAUAAUAUGCUUUUUUAUGCAAUGCUUGAUCAUUUGCAAACAUAAAUUUAUUUGUAUACAUGAUAUGGGUACGCACAUAUAAUUGCAAUUAAAUGAGCAAGUAGAUACACUAUAAGGGACAAUUUUGUUUAAGGAUUAAGGAAAUCCAUAUUUGAAAUUGGGUGCCCAUAUCCAAGAACCAAUUUAUAAUCACUUUUUCAUACUUUGUUUUAUUGGGAGCUAAGAAAUUAGAUUUUUUUAAAUUGUGAAAAUAUCUUUUUUUUUGAAGUUUUUUCUUAAGACAUUUAUGAUUUAAAAUUUUAAAAAGACAUGCCCUACAGCCUCCCAUCUGUGUAAAAUUUUUAAAAACAUAAAAGCUUGUACCACAAUUUGAUGUAUAUAGUGUCCAUAUCCAUUUAGAAAUUUAAUAUUUAUUAAAUAUUAAAUAUUUCACCCUCGUUUGGGAUAUAGUCUCAUGCGUUAUAUUACUGCAGGCCAAGGUAAAAUCUUGAUAGGUCUUUAAGCUCACCUGCACCGGCAGGUCAGAUAACCCUGUGGCACAAGCAAAUUGGCAUUGGAUUAAAGCUCUGGGACCAAUUCAGCUUGUAAAACCAUUUGUCUUAAAUGUAUUCCCUGUAGCAGCAUGGAGGAGGUCAAAUUUUGAACCAGGCUUACAUUUGAUUUUUAAAAACAAGAGACUCAGGGAAGGUACUAAACCAAAAUCUUUUAAUUUGACUUUUGUGUUUUCCAUGGUUUUUAUUUUGUUUUACUGAAUUGAUUUUAUAAUGGAAGUUAGUAAUGUGACAGUUUGGUAAUUCUACAGAUUUUUUAAUGUAUUUCCAUCAUGUCCUUUUAUUUCACAAGUUUUCAAAGUCUGAAUUAAAUCACAUUUCUUGGCAAAUGUAAUCUCGUGUUGUUUAAUUGCAUUAAAAAUUAUAUAGAGUAUUAUAAACUACAAGAUGAAAAAUGUGUUUUCACAGGAUCUAUAUUGUUGUGAACUAAACUAAGCCUUCUUUUUUGUGACUGUGAUGCCUUGGUGAUAAAUAUAUGUAAUAAGUAUGUUUCAAUA